AUGUCUGCCCAACGGAGCCGCCGAGAGACCGCCGGGCGUCGCCAGGCGGGCGUCUACGAGGAGGAGCCCGACGAGGUCGUCGUCGCCGCCGCCGACACCCGCCCGGCCUUUGAGCACAAGCAGGUGCCCUUCAACGGCGCGCUCAGCAUGCUGCUGCCCAAGCGGUCCCUCCCCCUCGACCACGUCGGCCGCACGCCGUACAGCACCAUGUCGGAGCUCUGCGCGGCCGGCCGCGCCGUGCUCAACAGCGAGCACGCGCUGCCGGACCUGGACCCGCGCGCGACGCCGCCGUACGAGCUGGACGAGACGCGCGCCGAGGGGCGCCACCAGCUCCCGGGCCUGACGAGCAGAGACAAGAGCGCCUAG